AAUGAAAAAAAUAUUUUUUUGAAAUGGAUUUUUCGACAAAAGAACUGGAGGACAACUUGUGUUCGUUUCAGGAGAACAUCUCCGGCCAAGACCUGGAUCUGGAGCCGCAGCUCGAGUUCGACGACACGGAGCUCGAGGACGGACUCGACACGACUCGACACUCAGUUGGCGACGACUGCGAGGACUCGGCCGAGGAUUUGGCGCAACAAUACCUGCGCUCAGAGGACGAGCACUUGGAGGAGGCGCUGGAGGAGGCGUUGGGCGCGGAGGGGGAGGGCGACGACAACUGGGCGGACAUCGCGCGCCACGGCGUGGUGGAGGUGGUGGGGGACGACCUGUUCGCGCGCAAAGUGAUCACGAUCUACGCGUGCCGCCUCCCCGACGACCAGACGCUCAACUGGCGGCGCUUCCUGCGCUACUUGUUGCACACGUUGGACACGUUCGUGGAGAGCGACUACACUCUGGUGUACUUCCACUUCGGCCUCCACUCCCGCAACAAACCCUCCAUUCGGUGGCUGUGGACGGCGUUCCGCGCCUUCGACCGCAAGUACAAGAAGAACCUCAAAGCCCUCCUCCUCGUGCACCCGACCUCUUUCGUGCGCCUCCUCUUCAACGUGUUCCGCCCCGUCAUCAGCGCGAAGUUCGGCCGCAAAAUCCACUACAUCUCGCAUUUGGAGGAAUUGCAAGCAUUUCUUCACUUCAAACAACUCUUUCUUCCGAAACAACUCUUGGACCACGACCGCAAAGUGGCCAAACGCAGCCGGCAGAGCGUUUCCACCACUGCCGGCGCGCAGAUCCCAAACACACAGCAAUUCCGAGUUUCGCUCCAAUUUCUGAAGGCCAACAACGCGAUGGACGCCGUUCCGCGCGUCGUGCGCACGUGCGUCGCCUUCCUCGACAACGAGCGCGCGCUGCAGACGGAGGGACUGUUCCGGCGCUCGGCCAACGCCUCGACAGUGCGGGAGCUGCAGACGCGCUUCAACGCCGGCCAAGAGGUGGACUUCGAGGCGUUCGCCGACGAGGACAGCGGCGUGCACGUGGCGGCCGCGCUCCUCAAGUCCUUCCUGCGCGAGCUGGAGGAACCGCUGCUG